AUGGAUGUAAUCCACUUUCAAGCUCAGAAACACUCCCCUCUCUUUAAAUCUCUCUCUCCCUCCUUAUCGGGACACACUCCACUCCCUCUCAUCAUGAAAUGCAGGAACACAGCUCCAUGUUUUAUUGCUUGCACGACCCCAGAAAUGAUUAACAACCCUUGUCUGGUAACAAUUCAUCAUGUCAGUGCCAGGGAGGAGGAUGAGACAGUAAUGAAAUGUCCAAUAUCAACACACACCACUACAGACCAACACAGCAACCGCUCCCACUGGGUCAAGCCUCCAUUCUCCCAUCAGCUCGGCUCCAGGUGCAUUUGUUCUGACCUUGGAGUCCCUCUGCUCCACAGUUUCCAUGGUAACGCCGAUGCAAUGGGCUCUUCCUGGAGCUGA